AUCGCGCUUUCAGAUGUUAUUUGAGGUUAUGUCAUUGUUUUGGUUUCUUUGGGUCGCGUUUUGAGGAUAAAACAUCCUAAAUUUCCUUGUAAAAACCUGUUCACAAGGGAAGUUUCCGCCAAGGGACGCGGAGAAAAAUGGCAUCGAGCCCAUCCAGCUCAACCGCAUUGAGUGCCAGUGAGGAAAUAAGUCAAAUUGACCAGAAGAUCAAGGAAAUCGAUGUUGAGAUCUUCCGGCUGAGGAGACAGAGACAACAGCUGGAGGCCAAGAAGGAGAAACUGAAGGAGAUCAGUUUCGCUGAAAAGUCUCGAGCUCUGUCCAAGCAGAACUGGACAGGCGAUUUUCCAUGGACAGCCGACAUCCGCAAGCACCUGAAGCAGACUUUUGGCUUCGAGGAGUUCAAGGAAUACCAGCUGCGAGCGAUAAAUGCGAUAAUGUCUGGCCACGACAUGAUUCUGGUGUCUCCGACUGGCGGCGGGAAGAGUCUCUGCUAUCAGCUGCCCGCGUGUGUGGGCAGCGGGCUGACGCUCGUGGUCUCCCCUCUGAUAGCUCUGAUGGAGAAUCAGAAGUGGGCACUUGAGAAGCUGGGCGUGGGCGUUGAGGUGCUGACGCAGGGUGUGGACAGGACAACAACCCAGAGGAUUCUUAAGCAAUUGGCCAAUCCGGCCGUCGAAUUGACCUUCCGCAUCCUCUACGUGGCUCCCGAGCGACUGUCCAAGAGCAAGAGACUCAUGAGCUGCCUGCAGAAGUGCUACUUCGCCAAGAGACUGGACAGAAUUGCCAUUGACGAAGUGCACUGCUGCUCCACGUGGGGUCACGACUUCCGGCCAGACUACAAGUUUCUGGGCUCCCUCAAGACCACAUUCCCCGAUGUGCCAAUCCUGGGCGUCACCGCCACCGCCACUGAGAAGGUCAUCAACGACGUGCAGAAGAUGCUCAACAUCCGCGACGGCAUUGUGCUCAAGGUGCCCUUCAAUCGGCCCAAUCUCUACUACCAGAUCAUGGAAAAGCCCGCGGAGCGGAAGGGCGUGGUGGAGCUGCUCGUGGGGCUGCUAAAGAGACGCUACGCGGGCAAGUCAGGCAUCAUUUAUACACUGUCCCAGAAGGACACUGAGCAACUCGCCACGGCGCUCAUUCAGCACAACUGCCAAGUGAGUCCCUAUCACGCCAACCUGGACGCCGAGGUGCGCUCGCGCGUGCAUGAGAACUGGCUGACGGGGCAGAUUCAGGCCGUGGUGGCGACUGUGGCCUUCGGCAUGGGCAUCGACAAGCCCGAUGUGCGUUUUGUCAUUCAUCACACCAUCAGUCGCAGCCUGGAGAACUUCCACCAGGAGUCCGGCCGUGCGGGACGCGAUGGUGAGUACGCGGAGUGUGUGGUGCUGUAUCGUCUCACGGACGUCUUCAAGAUCACCACGAUGAUGUUCGCGGAGAAGACGGGCCUGGAGAAUGCUUACGCCAUGGUGCAGUUCUGCAUCACAGGCGCCAAAUGUCGUCGUACUGUGCUGGCGGAGAAUCUCUCGGAAGAUGUGGUGAAUUGCCGGAAGAUGUGCGAUCGCUGUCUGUUCCGCAAGCGAAUGUCAGCACCGCCGAAAGUCAACGUGACGAAGCAUCUCAAGCUACUGUUGGAGAUCCUCGACAAGGCCGACAGCAUGGACAUGAAGCUGACGGGCGCGAAGCUGAUUGAGGCGUGGUUCAACAAGGGACCCGCCUGCCUGAGAGCCAACAAGAAAAAGGCGCCCGCCUUCGAUCGCACCCUCGCGGAGCACAUCAUCGCACACCUGAUCCUGGAGGAGUACCUGAAGGAGGACUUCCACUACACGGCGUACAGCACGAACAGCUACAUCAAGAAGGGGCCCAGGGCGCUUGGUGAGGAUGCAAUUGUGGCGGUGAAUCGCGUGCGCUUCCUCGAUCUGCCCGACGAUUUUCCGCGCAAUGAGCAUCAAUCUGAUGACGAUGUGGUCCUCGUGUCGCCGUCCAAGAGGUCGCCCGAGAAGAGGCACAGACGUGAGUCAGGGUGCUCCUCCAGUCCACAGAAGAGGGCCAAGAUGCACAGGCAUUCCGCCUCCGCAGAGUCCAUUGAGCAGAUGGAGAUCGAGAGCGAUGACGAGAGCGAUGGUGAGGCUGUGGAAGUGGUUCAUGAGAUGCCCAGCCACUUUAUUGAUCUGGAUGACUCUCUGUUCGAUGAUUGAGAGGCGAGACAAGUGAAACGCUGUAAUCUCAAGCAGAUAAAGUGUUAAGGAAUAUUUAAAAGCGAAAAUUAAAUGAUUCGAA